AUUGCUUAUCAACUUUAACCCUCCUUGCAUUUUCCCACCUUUGAGUAACAAAUUCCUUUCCUCUCUCCAGGACAGAGCGUCUGCUCAGCAGCAACUGUGGAUGGUGGAAGACACGCUGGCAGGUCUGGGGGGCCCCCAGAAGCCACCCUCCAACACUGAGCCUGACUCCCCAUCCCCUGCUCUCCAAGGCGAGGAGUCCUCGGAGAGGGAGAGCCUGAUGGAGUCCUUGGAACUGAGCUCAUCCCGGUCUCCCGAGGCUGACUGGGGGAGGCCCCCAGGGGGCGACAGAGAGCUCACCAGCCCUCGCUCAGGAAUUGGAUCUCCAAGGGUCUCCCGGGCUUCCAGUCCUGAGGGUCGCCGCCCCACUUCCCCUCAGCCAGGAACCAAGCCUGUCCUGGGACACCCAGGAGCCCAGAAAUGGCUCAGGAGUUCGGGGUCCUGGAGCAGCCCAAGGAACACCAUCCCUUAUUUGCUGACAUCCGAAGGGCACCGGGAGCGAGUUCUCAGCCUCUCUCAAGCCCUGGCCGCUGAGGCAUCGCAGUGGCGCGGAAUGAUGACAGGUGGAAAUUUGGACUCUCGAGGGGACCCUCUUCCCCCUGCGCCGCCGCCUCCGUCAGAUCCCACGCCCCAGGCGUCCUCACCCCGAAGAUCUCCUCCAACAGCCAAUUCCUGCUCCACGGGUUUCUCCCCCAGAGGUAGUGGGCGCGGCGCGGGCCCCGCCUCCUGGGAGCAGACCUGGGAUUCCGGGCCCGCCCCUCCCGCCCUGACCCCCGACGAGGGGGCGUGGCCUCUGAGAGUCACCCUGCUGCAGUCCAGCUUCUGACCCGCUCAGAAGUGGCAGCCAAUCAGAGCGUGAGGGCGUGGCCUGGCGGGGCUACCUGAAGAUCUGGAGCCUCUCGCCUCCCGUGACCUAGAAAUGGUUUCUGUGGCCAAAGUUUGCUUUUCCCAACACUCGUCCAAAUUUGGAUUAAAACUUUGAACUUUUUAGUCAA